AACGCUAGAUUCUACACGGACUGUUUUUGUUGACGGACGGGUCCAUGUUACUCCCGCUACCUUGAACUUUGAGCAGACUCCUUAAAUUAAAUAACAUAAAGUUGUUUUAUAAUGUCGAAUUUUUCACAUCUAACUCGUACUGUCCAUGCGUCUUCUUUACAAAGGUUGUCGCAUGCAUCUCUCACAAAAACACCUGCACUUUUGUGUUCGACGUCGAUCGCUUCCAGUAACAUCAGAAGUUGCGAGAGACGGUGUUUGUACAGAGAAAGGACUAGACUAUAUUCGUCCUCGGCGGAGAAAACCAUUCGGAUAGGAUGCGCGUCUGGGUUUUGGGGAGACACUGCAACCUCUGUGCCCCAGCUGAUCUAUGGAGGCAGGCUGGACUUCCUGGUGUUUGACUACCUCAGUGAGAUCACCAUGUCUCUGCUCACUGCUGCCAAGACCAAGAUGCCUAACAUGGGCUAUGCUCCAGACUUCGUCCAAGUAGCCAUCGCUCCCUUCAUCAACGACAUCCACAAGAAAGGUAUCCGUGUGGUCAGUAACGCUGGGGGGGUCAACCCUCUGGCCUGUGCAGUAGCCAUCCAGGAAGUGGUUAACAAGGCCGGCCUACCGCUCAAGGUUGCCGUGGUGACCGGAGAUGACCUCAUGCCUCAUAAAGCUUCUCUCUCAGAGUUGAGGAUGGCUGAUGGAGUGAGCAGAAAGAGGCUUCCUAAAACCGUCCACAGUAUGAAUGCUUAUCUGGGUGCAGUCCCCAUCCAGAGGUGUCUGGACCAGGGUGCUGACAUCGUGGUGACAGGGAGGUGUGUGGACAGCGCUGUGGCACUGGGGCCUCUCAUGCACACGUUUGGGUGGGAGAGAGACGACUAUGAUCUGCUGGCAGGAGGAAGUCUGGCAGGUCACCUGAUAGAGUGUGGAGCCCAGGCUACAGGAGGCAUCUUUACAGACUGGCACCGUGUUCCUGACUGGGACACCAUGGGGUUCCCGGUGGUGGAGUGUUCUGCAGACGGCUCCUUCCUGCUGGAGAAGCCCCCUGGUACGGGGGGGCUGGUGUGUGUCGGGGGGGUGAGCGAGCAGCUGGUCUACGAGAUAGGAGACCCACGCAGAUACCUGCUACCUGACGUCACCUGUGACUUCUCCCACGUCACCAUCACCGAGGUCCCUGGUGUGGAGGGCGGGGCUGUGAGAGUCACAGGUGCCAGGGGAUACGCCCCGUCCAAUGACUACAAGGUGUGUGCUACCUACAUGGACGGCUUCAGGGCGACAGCGGUGUGUCCGGUCGGGGGCCCCAGGGCCACAGAGAAGGCCAGACGCACAGCGGAGAGCAUCAUCAAACGCACGAGGCGUGUGUUCGGACAGCUGGGUCUAGAAGACUUCAGCUCAGUGAACAUCCAGGUUCUGGGAGCUGAGGACACCUAUGGGCCACACGCUGAGAACAAGGGCCAGAGAGAAGUUGUCUUGUGGAUGUCUGCUCUUCACAGACAGAAGAAAGCUCUGGAAGUCUUCGCCAGAGAGAUAGCACCUGCUGGCACGGGCAUGGCUCCAGGGCUCACAGGGAUCGUAGGUGGAAGACCCAGAGUGUCUCCUGUUCUGAAGCCCUUCUUCUUCCUGCAUCCCAAAUCCCUGCUGCAGGUUGACAUGCAUAUUGGUGGAGAGCUGAUGGAGACCUUGCAGUAUGCGGAGCUAGAGUCAACUGAGCUGGAAGCCCCGCCCAACCCCCCUGAAGACACGCCUCUUACAGAUCUCCCUAGUGGGUCUGUGUGCUAUCGUGUAGAGGACCUGGCAUACACGCGCAGUGGAGACAAGGGAGACUCUGCUAACAUAGGUGUGAUAGCGCGCCACCCUCUCUUCUUCCCCUACCUGAAGCAACAUCUGACAGUGGCUGUGGUUCAGGAACACUUCAGCCACCUGAUAGAGAAGGACACGCCCAACGCUGUCACACGGUAUGAGCUGCCUGGGAUCCAUGGUCUGAACUUCGUGCUGCAGAGUUCUCUAGGAGGGGGAGGGGUGGCUUCUCUACGCAGCGACCCUCAGGGUAAGGCAUAUGGUCAGAUGCUGCUGGACCUGAAGCUGAAAGGCCUUCCUGAUCUCAAGUCACUGGUGGACUGAGAGGAGGAGGAGAGGAGAUGAGGAGGAGGAGAGGGGAGGGGAGGAGGAAGAGUUGGAAGGAGACACAGAGAGAGGGAAGAGAAAAUAAAUAACUCAUAUUAGUGAGAGAGUGAAAGAAAGAAAGAAAGGUGUCAAGAUGAAAAGCAGAAUCGGAAUGGAAUCGAUUCUAGACCAGCUGAUUGCCUUCAAUGAUUAUGUGCGAAAGAAAAACAUAAUCAAUAACACUAAACUGCUAAUGAUAAUAAUGUUUCAAAUGUGUGAGAGGUAGCUCACUGGUCCACCUCAAUAGAGGUUUAAACUGUGUGUGUAUGUGUGUAUUUGUACUGAACUACAUGGGUAUUAAAUGAAGAACUUCUAGCUACGGUUAGCUUGUUGUUAACCUUCGCUAUGCUAAAGUGUGCCUGAUGUAAGCUAGCGUCAUGCUAGCCUUCGCUAUGCUAAAGUGUGCCUGAUGUAAGCUAGCGUCAUGCUAGCCUUUGCUAUGCUAAAGUGUGCCUGAUGUAAGCUAGCGUCAUGCUAGCCUGAGGAUAUGUGGAAGAACACAAGAUAGUUCAUGCUAAGCUGUGUUAGCUAGCAAUGCCUGCUAGCUUCAUUGCUAGCCUAAGCUCACUACUCAGGCCUUUAUGAAAUUAUUAAAUGUGGAAAUA